AUGGGAUCCCUGGCAAAGCAAUGCCGACACUUGCCCUGGCCGGAUGCUGUGCGGCUCUUGGAGCGGUCUCUGGCAAAGGCAGCCCCAAACCUUGCGCUUCACACGUCGGUCAUUGCGGCUUGCGGAAGGGGCUCAAACUGGCCACUCGCGAUCGCUCUGCUGCAGGAUGCCCGAUGUCGCCAGCUGCGCCCCGAUGUGCCAGCCCUGAACGCCGUGUUGACCGCCUUGGGCCGUGCAGGCCGCUGGCGCGAGGCUGGGGAGUUGCUGGACACGGCGACAUCCUGGUACCUCCAGCCAUCUGUCGUUUCAUUCGGCGCCUUGCUUGACGGCCUUGCUCGGGCCACCCGCUGGCAACAAGCACUGUGCGUCCUGGAUGACGACAACGCGCAAGUCGGCCGAAUUGCUUUCAACUCCACCCUCACUGCCUGUGAGCGAGCAUUUGAGUGGUCGCAAGCGCUGCACCUGCUGCACGAGAUGCAGCAGUUCGGCCCGCAACCGGACAUCAUCAGUGUGAAUGCCGUGCUGGCGGCCUGCGCCGUGCGGUGGCAGUAUGCCCUGCACAUUUUCGCGUCCCUGGGCUCGGGGGAUCUUCAGCCGAGCAUCGUGACCCUGAACUCUUUGAUGAAUGCCUGCGCCAAUGGCCUGCAAUGGCAAAUUGCCAUCGACCUCUGGCAAGGGUUGCCGUCUCGCCUUCGACCCACGGAAGCCACCAUCGGCGCGCUCCUCGCCUCCUGCUCAGCUGGACCUGGUUGGGAAACUUCACUGGGUUUGCUGCAGCAAAGCUUCCUGCAGCAAGCACGGCCCAACGUGGUGAUCUGGACCAGCACGCUUACCACGCUUCAGCGUGAAGGUCAGUGGGAACUGGCAUCAUCACUCUUUUGGAAGUUGUAUCGUGCUGGUGUUGUGCCCAACAUGCUGACCAUUGACGCUGUUAUGGUUUCAUUGCAGAGAAGCAGUCAGUGGCGGCAGGCCCUGCACGCGCUGGGUGCUUUCCGGAAAGCGGCUCUUCCCGUGGGCUCCGGGGCCCUGGCGGCGCUGCGCAGCGCUUGCGAGGAGAGGCACCAGGCGAAGCCAGCACAGGCCCUUUCUGUGUUGCUGAAAUCGAUGGGAGCACGUCUGCUGGGCCUGGUGGCGAAUUUCAGCACAGCUUUCUUGCAAGCGAAGCCCCUCCCCCAGUAA